AUGGAUGCCAAUGAUCCGUUGUUAACGAGAAGCACCGAGGCGGGGAACCGCCCGGUGGAAGAAUCUGGUUCGCCGCCGGCGUGGGCUUGGGAGCUCCGUGGGCAAAUCGAGCACUUGGCGGGCAUGUUCAACGAGUUGAGCUCGAAGUUAAACUCCUCACCUUCGAUAGGGCGGUCAACGACCGACGUUCAAGGUGAGGAUACGGUCGACACCGCUGUCAGCGACGAUCCCAGUGUCGAGGAGCACCGAACCUCCUUACUAGACUUCGUCGGGGUGCAAGGGGUGCCGACGAGGGGAGGUCAAUGUCGUCGAGGGGUUGACAUAACGAAGGUGUCCAAGAGGGCACGGAAUACUAGAGCUGUCACUGGAGGGCCCUUCAUCGGGGUUGCCGAUGCCAGAGGGUUCAUCUGUUUCAAGAGGCAGGUGAAGAGUUUGCCUGAGAUCCAGUUGAGUGGUCGGUAUGGACCUUCAGAAGAAGAUGAAUGGGCAUUCGAGUAUUUCUACGUGAACCACAACGUCAGCGAACCCCUGAGACAGUUAAUUAAUGAUACUUGUGCGAGGAACAAGGACCUCACGUUCAAGGCGAGAGUGCUGACUAUGUGGAGUGUCCUCGAGAGCUACUCGGACGGCACUGACGAGAUGUCAUUGACCAGCAAGGGUGUCGAGUCCGCUGAGGCUAAGAGCUUCGAGAGCAACAUUGAGAACUUCGAGAGUAAGAGCUUCGAGAGCAACAUUGAGAACUUCGAGAGUAAGAGCUUCGAGAGCAACAUUGAGAACUUCGAGAGUAAGAGCUUCGAGAGCAACAUUGAGAACUUCGAGAGUAAGAGCUUCGAGAGCAACAUUGAGAACUUCGAGAGUAAGGGCUUCGAGAGCAACAUCGAGAACUUCGAGAGAAAGGGCUUCGAGAGCAACACCGAGAACGUCGAGAAAUCCUACGGCGAUAUUGAGGUUGAGAACAUCGAGAGCUGCAGGUCUAGGCUUCGAGAGGGCCCGAAGGUCAGGGAACCUACGUCGAAGCGAUUGGCUGUCACAUACACGGCCAAUGGGUUGCCGACCGUGGCAGUAAGUCUUCAAGGCAGGGUCACUACGGUUGCGCUCCUGGACACAGGAGCGACAGACGUGUUCGUGUCCAGUACUUUAUACCGUCGGUUGAAGGCACAGUCGCCAGGCCUGGAGUUGAAGCAGGGUGACAUAUCGGUGAAGUUGCUCGAUGGAGGAGCAGUGAAGAUCCAGGGGGUGCUGGAGGCUCUGGCCGUUGGGUUCGGUGAUCAAACUAGGAUAGUCGAGGCCUACGUCUUAGACUCUGCUCACUGGGAGCUGGUUCUACCCCGAUGGGUGCUGGGUAACUGUGUUUGGGUGAUGGCGGGUAACGACUACCUACUCUUUGAUGAGCCUGAGGUCACCCCUCACGGGGGAGUGCGGGAGGCGAGGGAGAUAGGCGCUAAUACAGUCGAGAGAAGCCGAUCUCUCCCGACACGAAGAGUGUGGCCAGCAGUCGUGAAGGUCCCUUGGAUUGAUGAUCGUAGACCCAAGCAGAAUUAUGAUGCCAUCAGAGGCCGAGACUUGAAGAUCACACAGAGGCUGGCCAAGAGACCUGAAGAGCUAGCAGCGUAUGAAGCGGCCGUGGACGAGCUCUUGAAGUCCGGGGCGGUCGAGGAACUCCCACUGGGGGAGGACCCGAGGAAAUGGGCUUACCACUAUAUGUGUGGGGUUCCGGUUUUCGCCAAUCAGCGAAAGUCCACUCGCUGUCGUAUUUGUAUCGACGCUCGAGAGCUUAACAACUUCACGAAUAAAGAAGGAGACGAGGAGGCCGCGGACAUGGACCUACAGUCACGGAUUCUAGAGUGGCGAGCGUCCAAGCGAGUUGAUUGUGAGGAUCUCAAGAAGGCCUUCUGGUCGGUCCACAUCGAUAAAUCGGAUGUGAAGUGGUUGGGGAUGUGCGUCGGGUCGAGGAUCAUAAGGUGGAUCCAUGUCCCUUUCGGGACGAAUUGGUCCCCUUGGGCCCACUCCUCGGUCUUGGGAAAGAUCCUCAAACAGAUCGGGGGGACGGGCGGUGCCGAAGCUAUCUCCUUCUAUGUCGACGAUGUCCUUCUGCGAGGGGACAGUUGCUCGGAGGUGUCGAAGAUUCGUCGGGAGGUGGUUCCUGCAUUAGAAGAGCGGGGGUUCGAAGUCCACCAGGACAAGCGAAUGUCCAAUCUCGACACGGGUGAAGACUGUAUAGGUCGAGGGGUAUCUAAGGAGAAGAUUCUCAGUGAGAAGUUCAGAACAGGAGGUUGGCUCGGUUACGACUGGCUCUGUGGCGAGCGAAUUGAUGUUAUCGAUGUGCGGCUGCGGCAGAUAGAACUGGCGAAGGAAUCCAAGGUCACGGAGUCUGCCCUGAGAUCAGCAUUUGGCAAGUUCUUCGACCCCAUGGGUCUUUUCGCAGAAGUGUCCUUGGAGCUCAGAUGGGCGGCUCGGUUGGCUCAUGAGCGACUGAAGCAGAGGAGGAAGGACUUCGAAGAUGGUACGGACAUUCUGGACGAGGAGACGGCAUCUAUUAUAUUGAGUACCAUUACUGCAUGUAAUUCUUUCCUGCAAUCUGAUCGUAUCCUCCCCCCUCGCUAUCUUGAUGUGUCUACUUUAUUCGUCUUCGUCGAUGCCUCUGAGGCCUGCAUUGCUAUUGAUAUUCGAGUCGGUUCGGGUGCUCGUCUCUCUGCUAAGUUCAGUGUGACUCCGGGAGGCACGAUUCCCAGGAGAGAAUUGGAAGCAAUGCGCCUCGGUGUUGAGCAGUUGUAUAGCAUUGUUAUGGCAUUGAGGUCCAGAGUCACGAGAUCAGUCAUAGCUACUUCGGAUGGUCCCGAUGAGAUGGCCUCCGAGGGAGAGACGAGCGAGGGUGAAGGCCAAGAGGAGUUAUCGGGAGAGCAGUGUGAGUGUCUCGUUGGCCAGAAGGAGGAUGUAGAGCGAGAUUGGUUUGAAGUAUUCGCGGAUAGAGUGGGGAAGGCUCAAUUAAGUGACGACUUCUGUGUGUUGGUUAGCUCUGAGUUACGAGCGAAUUCGAAAGGAAAAUACUCUACACACUAUCGCCUGGAGGAGAAGACGGGUAUGCUGCUAUGUAGACGAUGGGAUGCCUCUGAGAAGGAAGUUGAGUGGAUUGUGUACAUCCCGGCCAACCGUCGUGAUCUCCAGUUAGAGGUUGUUCAUAAGUUCCACCACACUUUCCUCCACCCUGGGAUAGGGAGGACUGUGAGGUUGAUCCGUAAAUUCUGUUGGUGGAAAGGUAUCCACCAGAGAGUGAGGUCAUUUGUCCUGAGCUGUGAUGCUUGCUGUCGAGCCAAGGAAGGUCGUCUCUUGAACAAGUGUUUACCGAGUGUUAGAGAUUUCGUACCUCUGGUGUGGGGUAUAGCUGGCUUAGAUGUUUGGGGUCCGAUUCGGCUCGGUUCCAAUGGUGAUAACGAAGAGAAGGUCUGGGUAUUAACUUGCUCCGAUUACAUCAGCCACUUCUUGGUUACGAAGGUGUUAACGAGCUGUUCGGCAGAAGACAUUGUGACUGGUGUCAGUGAAAUUAUGGCCGAGAACGGCGUGUUCCGCGUGUGUGUCACUGACCAGGCCCAGUACUUUGUCUCCAAGAGAUUCAGAGAGUAUCUAGCCAGCAGGAGUGUUGUUCACUGUGUCACGGAGGCCUAUGAUGAAGAGCGACGAGGUUGGUAUGAACGAAGCCACAAGGAGCUUACGGUGACUUUAAGGGCUAUGGUUAGCGAAGGUCAGGCUAUGGAUUCGAUCAAUCAAGUGCGGCAGCGAUUAGCUUUGUGUACGUUCGUUCACAACGCUAUCCCAUAUGAUGAUAGUAGCGAUCUAGCCCCAUGGGCGGUGCAUCGCUCGACGGCCGAUGCCUGCACUCUCUACAAUGAUCGUCUUGGUCGAGAAGAGGUAUGUCAGUGGCUUGGUUCUGGGUUGGAAUUUGAUGACCUCACAGAGGGCCUUCAGGGGAUCUCAGAUUAUUAUCGAGCCCAAUACGGUAAGUCGGUUGAGUCGUUGAGACGAUUGUGGUUGGCUCGGAAGGCUGAAGUUCGUCGACGACUAGCAGAUCGGCGGGAUCCUGUAGGUGGGAGUCCGGUGGCGGUGAAUGAUAUAGUCUAUCGCCGGAAUUACGGGGUCGAUAAAUUAACCGAUUUGUAUACAGGGCCAUAUCGAGUGGAGGCGGUGAGAGGUUCGACUAUUGAGCUAGUAAGGCUCGCGGAUGGGUCGGUAACUACGGCGGCAGUUAAUCAGCUGAAGCGAAGCUGCCGUCGGGAGAAGAUUGAUGAGGUUGAUGAGGAGCCCAAACAGUCCACCACGGCAGUGCAGACAGAGCCGAAGCAGACGGGAGAUUGGGGAUCCGUAAAGAUUGACAGGAAGGAUCUACGCCGUUGGAGGGAUACUGUGAAGGCGAUGUCGAAGUCAGGUCCGGGUAUGUUGACCCGGGGAAAGAAGAGAGUUCUGGAGCAGAUUGAGGAGGUUAGUAAAGCUCCUCGUAAGAAGCUUUAG